UUCCGGCAGCUGGGACCACUAAGCAGCCUUCCCCGCCUGACGGGCCCCUCGCCUCCGGCCCUUCGGAGUCCUGCGACCGCCCAGCCUAACCCAGUUCCUGCGGCGCUUCUCUGCCCUGUUCCGUGUCCAGGCUUCCCCGGCUGCCCAUCCCCGGGCAUCAGGUCAGGAAUCUUGCAUCUGUCUUUGCCUCCUCCCAUAAUGCCUUGCAUUCAAUAAAUGUUUGUUGAACUUGAAGAGACAUGGGCAGUGAAUCUGGAAAGGGAGAAUAUCUUUGAACCUAGAGUGUAGCUGACACCGACAUUUUUCUAAGUGGCCUUGAACAGACUACUUUUUAGGUAAAUAACUGGCUAGACUACAUAUUUUUCACUAUAAAAGCCUAUAAACUACAGUUGUCAGAUUUAAGGAUAUCAUCUACAAUUAACUUGAAAGCUCUUGCUUAUUCCAAAAUGUUGAGAUACUGGGGAGAGAUACCAAUCUCAUCAAGCCAGACUAACCGAAGUUCCUUUGAUUUGCUCCCACGGGAGUUCCGUCUGGUGGAAGUCCAUGACCCACCUCUGCACCAACCCUCAGCCAACAAGCCCAAGCCCCCCACUAUGUUAGACAUUCCCUCAGAGCCAUGCAGCCUCACCAUCCAUACCAUUCAGCUGAUCCAGCACAACCGACGUCUGCGCAGCCUCAUUGCUACAGCUCAGGCCCAGAAUCAGCAACAGACAGAAGGUGUGAAGACUGAAGACAGUGAACCUCUUCCUUCCUGCCCUGGGUCACCUCCUCUUCCUGAUGACCUCCUGCCUUUAGAUUGUAAGAAUCCCAAUGCACCAUUCCAGAUCCGGCACAGUGACCCAGAGAGUGACUUUUAUCGUGGGAAAGGGGAACCUGUGACUGAACUCAGCUGGCACUCCUGCCGACAGCUCCUCUACCAGGCAGUGGCCACAAUCCUGGCCCAUGCAGGCUUUGAGUGUGCUAAUGAGAGCGUCCUGGAGACCCUAACCGACGUGGCGCAUGAGUACUGCCUUAAGUUCACCAAGCUGCUGCGCUUCGCUGUGGACCGGGAGGCCCGGCUGGGGCAGACUCCCUUUCCUGACGUGAUGGAACAGGUAUUCCAUGAAGUGGGCAUUGGCAGUGUGCUUUCCCUCCAGAAGUUCUGGCAGCACCGCAUCAAGGACUAUCACAGUUACAUGCUGCAGAUUAGUAAACAACUGUCUGAAGAGUAUGAAAAGAUUGUCAAUCCUGAGAAGGCCACAGAGGACACUAAACCUGUAAAGAUCAAGGAGGAACCUGUGAGCGACAUCACCUUCCCUGUCAGUGAGGAACUGGAGGCUGACCUUGCUUCUGGAGACCAGUCACUGCCCAUGGGUGUCCUCGGAGCUCAGAAUGAGCGCUUCCCAUCUAACCUGGAAGUUGAAGCUUCACCACAGACUUCAAGUACAGAGGUUAAUGCUUCCCCACUUUGGAAUCUGGCUCAUGUGAAAAUGGAGCCUCAAGAGAGCGAAGAAGGCACUGUCUCUGGGCAUGGUGUGCUGGGCAGUGAUGUCUUUGAGGAGCCCAUGUCAGGCAUGAGUGAAGCUGGGAUCCCCCAAAGCCCUGAAGACUCAGACAGCAGCUAUGGUUCCCAUUCCACUGAUAGCCUCAUGGGGUCUUCCCCUGUUUUCAACCAGCGCUGCAAGAAGAGGAUGAGGAAAAUAUAGAAGGACAAUAAGGAGAUUUUCUGUCCAGACUUAAAAGACCCAACAUCAAACCUUAGAAGUAUUCAAAUUUGUUUCUGAAUAGCUAUUUAACUCUUUCAGAGUGGUUUUUCCUGAUUUCAGUAGAACUGCACUUCACCAAACAAGUUUUUCAUUUUACUUUUGCAUCCAGAUUUUGUAGUUUUUCCACAACAGCCACACCCCCUUUCACAGACAGAUGUGGACACCGAGAUGGUAAUCAGAACAAAGCACUGCCCCUGUUGUCUUUACUAUGUGACUAGAUAACUUACUUAGCUUCUGCAGAGCCAUUUCUCUUGCACAACUGAGCUUUGACCUGCCUUGCAGGAAUGUUGUGAAGACCGAGAUGUUAUUAAACCUCAAAGCUGUGCUUAAACAGACUCACAAAUAAAAUAUAUCCUGGUAUCAGA